AGGAAAAAAAGAAGCAACUGAAAGAAGAGAGGAAAAGAAAACACACAGGCAGGUUUCCAAGCUCCUUUUACUGAGUGAUACAUAUUUCCAAUUUGGCUGGCUGUGCCCUAUCAGCAUGCCAAACCAGAGCCUUCAACGAAUUUGACUGUGAGUGCAUCUGUUUCCUGCAUGUCUAGACACUUUUUCUGCGAACAAGACGAACUAGUUUUAGGCUUUCCAUCACAGUGAGUGGCUAAAGUCAGUUUACUGGUCCCUUCAUCCCUCUCCCUCUCCCUCUCUCUCUCUCUCUCUCUCUCCUUAUUCUUUGCUCAGUGACUUCUCAGUCAUAAUCAUCAUCAUACAUAAAUACUCCUCCCUGCUCCCCCACCCCCUUCUCUUUCUCUCCUCUCUUUAAUCUGAGAUAAAAACGAGCAGACAGACUCCUCCUCCCUUCUCUCUCCCUCUCUCCCUCUCCUCCUGUCUCCCUGUCCUGUGUUCUUCCUCUCUGGACUUCUCUUGUGUGUUGCUCUGAUGGAAAUGUGGAGGAUCUUUCUGUCUGUCUCUCUUGUGGUCCAGCACAGCUCAGCUGAAGAAGUUAUGCUGCUGGACACUACGGAGUCCACCGCUGAACUAGGCUGGACCACGUAUCCUGACACAGGGUGGGAUGAGGUGAGCGUGUUAGAUGACAAGGGGAGACUCAUGCGUACCUUUGAAGUCUGCAAUGUCAAUCAGAACCCUCGUCUCCAAGACAACUGGUUGGCCACGCCCUUCCUGUACCGGCAGUCAGCUCCACGGAUCUUUGUGACUCUGCGUUUCUCAGUUCGUGACUGUGCCAGUCUACGCUCUCCCUCCCCGACAUGCAGGGAGACCCUGACACUGUACUACAAGCAGGCUGACUCCCAGAGAGAGCUGGAGAGAACCUGGGCAGCUGAGCCUUCCAGUGGAGAGACGAGAGAAGGCUGGGUGAAGAUCGACACCAUCGCAGCAGACAAGAGUUUCAGUCGUGUGGAGCCAAGUCUACCUCACCAGUACAAAUCUGAGAACGCACGGCGCAUCAAUAUCAAAACCCGCAGUUUUGCUCCUCUCACACACAAAGGGUUUGUUUUAGCAGUAGUAGACAGUGGAGCUUGUGUGUCACUUAUGGGUGUUUCCAUAUUUUAUCGUCGCUGUCCAGCAACCAGUCGUUUCCUGGCCUUCUAUCCAGCCACGCCCUCUGGGGCGGAGCCAACGUCUCUAGUGCCGGUGACUGGGACCUGUGUACCCCAUAGCCAAUCACAAGGUGGGACUGCACCGAGAAUGCACUGUAACACAGAAGGCGAAUGGCUGGUGCCUGUUGGAGGAUGCACGUGUGAUGCGGGAUAUGAGCCCAAUCAUAAUGACUCGGCCUGUUUAGCGUGCUCGAUGGGGUCCUAUAAACCAGUAGCCGGCUCAGUUUCAUGCACAGAGUGCCCAGCUAACAGCAGAACCAGUUCAGUAGGGUCUAAACUUUGUGAGUGUCGGAGUGGCUACUACCGCGCACACACUGAUGCCAACACCACCGCCUGCACAAGCCCUCCAUCAGCACCGGUGUCUCUGUCAUGGGAGUAUGAGAGUUCAGAGGGUGGGGUGUCGUUGCGCUGGAGACCUCCUGCAGACAUGGGGGGACGAAGUGAAGUGUGGUAUGGGGUGGUGUGUCGAAUCUGCCCCUCUGCCACUAACACACCACCAAGCAUGUGUUCCUGGUGUGGAGAUACUGUCACUUUUUCACCUUCUCAAACUGGCUUAAAACAGACAAGGGUCACCCUCAAAAACCUGCUUACUAGGGUCACCUACCUCAUACAGGUUCAAGCAAUAAAUGAAGUGUCAACGCUCAGCCCUUUUCCACCUCAGUUCGCCAGCAUCAACUUCACCACCAGCCAAUCAGUGCCUUCUGAGGUGCCCAUGCUGCACCAGUUGAACAGAGUUCACGACUCCAUCACGCUGUCCUGGCCUCAGCCUGACCGGCCCAAUGGUGACAUCCUGGAAUACCAGCUCCGAUACUACGACAAGGAGUCUGAUGAGGACAGUGCUAUGAGCGUGUUCAGUGAAACCAACACAGUGACAGUUGGAGGUCUGAUUCCAGGCUCCAUCUACGCCUUCCAGAUCCGUGCCCGAAAUGAGAGAGGCUACGGACCCUACAGCCACACUAUUUACUUCAGCACUCUAGCAAUGGAGGAACAGUCAAAGCAGAUUCAAAAUCGCCUGCCUCUUAUGAUUGGAUCUGUAAUGGGCGGAGCAGCAUUUCUAUUGGUUGUGAUCGCGAUCAUCAUUGUGUUUGUGUUUCGAAGUAAAAGGAGAGAAAGCCCCUAUAGUGACAGACUUCAGAGAUACAUCAGCAACAGAGGUGGGGUGAAAUAUUACGUGGACCCCUCCACUUAUGAAGACCCCAGUGAGGCAGUCAAAGAAUUUGCGCGAGAAAUCGACCCUGCUCACAUAAAGAUCGAAGAGGUCAUUGGUGCUGCUCAGUUUGGGGAGGUGUCCCGUGGCAGGUACAGGCCAUUAGGUCGUAGAGAGGUGCUGGUUGCGGUUAAGACUUUGCGUUGGGGUGUGACAGACCGUGAGAAGAACGUGUUUCUCAGUGAGGCCGGAGUACUUGGCCAGUUUGACCACCCCAAUGUACUGAAACUUGAAGGUGUGAUCACUCGCACCCCUCCUGAACGGAUUAUCACAGAGUUUAUGGAGAAUGGCCCCCUGGAUGCCUUUCUCAGGGAAAACGAGGAUCAGUUCAGCGUCUUGCAGCUGGUAGGCAUGGUGAGAGGCGUUGGAGCCGGAAUGCGUUAUCUUUCAGAGAGGAAUUUUGUCCAUCGUGACCUUGCUGCCCGGAACGUUCUGGUGAAUUCAAACCUGGUUUGUAAGGUGUCUGACUUCGGCCUGUCCCGUUUAAUGAGGGGUCUGGAUCACAACAUGCCCACCUACACUGCUUCACUGGGCAGUAAGAUCCCUGUGCGGUGGACAGCUCCUGAAGCUUUCCAGCAUCGGAAAUUCAGUUCAGCGAGUGACGUCUGGAGUUUUGGGAUACUCAUGUGGGAGGUCAUGUCAUAUGGAGAACGUCCAUACUGGGACAUGAGUAACCAAGAGGUGAUGAAGGCAGUGGUUGAUCAGUACCGUUUACCUGCUCCAAACGGUUGUCCUCCAGCUCUUCACUCUCUAAUGCUGCAGUGCUGGCAGGCCGACAGACAGGACAGGCCAGGCUUUGAUUCUCUUCUGUCGUCCCUUGACCGACUCAUACGCCACCCUGCCUCCCUAAAGGCCGAACACAGCCGUCCAAGCCAGCCACUCUUAAGCCCCACCCCUACUGACCUCUCAACAGUGACAACAGUCGGUGAUUGGCUGACAGCUCUAAAGAUGGACCGGUAUAAGGAUGCGUUUGAGAGAGCACAGUACCACAGUCUGGAGAGAGUGAGCAUGCUCACAAUGGAGGAUGUUCAGGCUCUAGGAGUGAAUCUGCUCGGUCAUCAGCGGAAGAUCGUAAAUGCAGCUAAACAGCUUAGGACACACCUCACUCAGGGACAUGUGGAGGUCUGAUGCUUCAACACAAUGACACAGCAGUGCAUGCUGGGAGAACUAGUCCACAGCCUGUCGCAGCCCACAAGAACAAUGGAAUAGAGAUGAGGAUGGCAAAAAGAGCCUUGAGUGAAAAUUAAGAGUUUUAUUAUGAAUUAUUUGCCCAUCAGUCCCACCCUUCCUUGCUGAACUGUUGUCUUCCAUAUUCUUCUUUCGCUUACUCCCUCCUUCAGUGUUGCACUACCUCUCACUUUCUUAUCAGUUCAUUAAUUACUGGCAUUCAGUAUGAACUUGAGCCUUAAGAACACUUCACAAUCAGUUGCAAGGACAAUCAGAGACUCUAAAUGAACAGUAACCGACUGUUAUGUCUUUGUUGGCACGUGUGGUCAAGGGCACUAGAUGUUUUAGUUUUAAAUACACAACCAAACAAUAGUCAUAUUAAACGAUAAACUGAACCCCCAUAAAAACCACCACAAGGACACUGCUAAAAGUCAUGUUUCUAAUCAGUAUUUUGCCAAUCAUUACAUUAAAAAUAUCUA